CUGCCGUCUGUUCCCGGGCGUCGGGUCGGCCCUCCGAAGGGGUUCUCGCGACGAUCGAUCACCCUCGUGCUGUUGACCGUCACUCCUUCCUCUCCCUCCCUUCCUACGGCCAAAGGGAACUUGAUCACGAACAAAAAAAAUAGAUAGAUUGAACUGUAUAGACUCGUUGAUUGCCGAAGAAGACCUUGGAAAACAGUUACUCCCUCUUGCCCUAUCCUCAGGUUCAAGGAUGUCGCUCUUGUUCCCUAAUAUGGCCUCUUUGGCCAACUCUCUUACCCCUUCCGUCGGUGGUCUCAACACGCCUUUCCCUUCGUUGAAAGUUGCAAGCAUUGUCGACGAUGCCAAAUCGAAGGCAAAGCAACUAGAAAGCAAAUCCAAGGAAGGGAUCGAAGGCGCCAAGGCCCAAAUCAGCUCAGAGGCCGAGGCCUUGAGAUCCAAAGUGGCGUCUGCAGCCGGUGUCGGUGCCGCUUCCAAAGCCAGUAUCGAACUCUACUCGACGAAGUACUACGCCGCCUGUGCCGGUGGUGGUGUACUGGCCUGUGGUCUCACCCACGCUCUCGUCACCCCCCUCGAUCUGGUCAAAUGUCGAAGACAGGUUGACAAGACCCUUUACAAGGGUAACAUGGACGGAUGGAGUAAAAUUUACAAGUCAGGUGGAUUGGGUGGACUCUAUACUGGUAUUGGUCCCACCUGGGUCGGUUACUCAGUUCAAGGUGCUUGUAAAUACGGUUUCUACGAGUAUUUCAAGAAAAAAUACGCCGAUGCCGUUGGACCCGCCAAUGCGGUGAAAUACAAAGAUGCGAUCUACCUAGCCGGCUCUGCCUCCGCCGAACUGAUUGCUGAUGCCGCCUAUGUCCCACUCGAAGCCGUCAAGGUCCGAAUGCAAACCACGAUCCCACCUUUUGCCACCGGAAUGGUCGAUGGAUUCAAGAAGUUCGUCGCUGUUGAAGGUACCGGUGGCCUUUACAAGUCUCUCGGAUCGCUCUGGUCUCGUCAAAUCCCCUACACCAUGAUGAAGUUCUGGUCUUUCGAAGCCACUGUUACCAAGAUCUACGCUUCGCUCGGCAAACCCAAAGACUCUUACAACAAGCUUCAACAAUUGGGUGUCUCUUUCGUUGGUGGUUACAUUGCCGGUGUUUUCUGUGCAGUUGUAUCUCACCCCGCUGACACGAUGGUCUCCAAGUUGAAUGCAGUUGGCAAGGAAGGUUCAGCCAAGCCCAGUGUUGGUUCGAUCUACAAGGAAAUCGGAUUCGGCGGUCUCUGGGCUGGUCUCGGAACCCGUAUCGUGAUGAUUGGUACUUUGACCGCUCUGCAAUGGCUCAUCUACGAUUACGUCAAAGUCGCCUUCGGAUUGCCCACCACUGGUUCAGCUGAGCCUCAAAAGAAGUAGAGAUGAUCAGUUCAACUGAGAUCAUUGUUUGUUUUUUUAAAGUACCUUAAUCAUCGCUUGUCUCCAUACAUCGUAGUCUUGCACCCUUUGAAAUCAAAACUCAAAUCCAUCUCUCUGACUCUGAAAUCUCAUGUCAAUAUUCUUCUUGCUGGUCCGUGUAGUCAGUCUUCAUGAGCCUCUUCAAAUAUGCCUUUUUUCUCUGAUCCUUCUGGGCCUGCUCAAUGAAAUUGUGAAAAAUGUAAGUGUGCACGGGAUCCUCCGUUGCCGUGUUCAUUUUGCCUUCCGGACGAUAUUCGGUUAUCAGGACAUAGCAUGCAACCCGGACUUUGGCUUCACUAUAAGCACAUUGAGUUUGCUGUGUAUAUGUACUUAUAUCACAGCAGAUCGCAGCAAAGUUUGUGCUGUGUAUAAACUAA